UUUGCUGGUAGUCUUUCUCUAGGAUUACAACCCCCAACAUUUUAACAAAUUUUUUGUCCUUUGUUCUUAAACAAUUUACUAUUUGUCCAAGGGAAUAGUAAAAUGCUAGUGUCACUUUUUGAGGGGAUUUUCUUGAUGGGGAUGGGCAGUACAACCCCCAAAAAUUAUCUUCUAAAAUCUUUUAACAGGAACUGUCAGAUAAAAGGAGGAAAUGAAAAGAGAAAAGUGUGUUGGUCUAUGUUGGUAUGUGCAGUUAAUUUUACUCCAGAUACCAUAUACUAUAGGUCAUAUCUAUGAAAUGUCAGGUAUAGACCCUUGAAAGCACAGUUCAGGUGUAGAGAGACUGGAGAGAUACUUUAUGUGCAUCUGGGUUCUUUAUUAGCAUAACAGCCUAGAAGGGUCUCUCUUUUUCUCUCUCUCUCUCUCUCUCUCUCUCUUUUCGUAGCCUCUCUGUUUGAGGAGAGAGGCCUGAGCUCUGAGCUUUGAUGGGUUGUUCCUGUUACAUCCUUGGUACUCUGAUGGAAUUCAUGGCUAUGCCAGCUAUGCUGUACUAUAUCACAUUUUUCUUGGGCUUUGCAUAUCUCUCUUCGGCACUGGGAGUUACUUCACCCCAAGAGGUAGUUGUUCCUCAGUUCUACAUUCAUGAUUGGGUACCAAGGAGAGGACAGAGAGGAGUGGUGGUGGUGGUAAAAGGGUAUUAUCGGAAAUGGCAUCAUCUUCUGCUGCAAACCAGAGCCCAAGGCCCAAUAUAGAAGUAGCUCCAAAUUAUAUUCCCUACCCAGCUGCUUUGGCCAAGUAUGAGGAUGUUGUGAUCACUCCAAAGCUAUUCAUGGACACUUUGGAGAAGCUCCAUGCUACUAUGGGAACCAAGUUCAUGAUCCCUAUUAUAGGGGGGAAGGACCUAGACUUGCAUCGGCUUUUUGUGGAGGUCACUGCGCGUGGUGGUAUCGAGAAGAUUGUUAGAGAGAAAAGAUGGAAGGAAGUAACUGCUGUCUUCAAUUUUCCCGCCACAGCUACAAAUGCUUCUUUCGUGCUGCGCAAAUACUAUUUGUCGUUGAUUUAUCACUAUGAGCAAAUUUACUUUUUCAAGGCCAAGGGUUGGAGUCCUUGCGCUGAUCCUUUUCAGGGUCUGUGUUCUCCACCUGUUCCUUCUCGUAGUUUGGCUGAACCAGUGCGGCCAUUGCCAGAAAUUCAGGCAGCGGCAGUGCAACCACCUAGAGUAAAUGCGGCAGAAGUCCCACCUACAGUGGCUGCAGCAACUUCUAUGCCGCCAACAGGCUCUCCAAUUGUAGGGGUGAUUGAUGGGAAAUUUGAAAGCGGGUAUCUAGUGACUGUUAAAAUUGGAUCAGAGAUUCUGAAAGGAGUCCUUUAUCAGACUCCGCAAAAUCAAUCAUGCCAAGUUCCACAGCAUCACAGCAUUUCUUCCGACCAUAAUGGCAGCAACACCCCUACAACAUCAGGCGUGGUCAGACGCAGACGGAGAAAGAAAUCCGAAAUAAAAAAGAGGGACCCAGCUCACCCCAAACCCAAUAGAAGCGGAUAUAACUUUUUCUUUAAAGAGCAGCAUGCCAGGUUGAAACCACUUCAUCCGGGGAAGGAUAGAGAUAUAAGUAGGAUGAUUGGUGAAUUGUGGACCAAAAUGCAAGAAACUGAAAAAGAGGCUUACCAGGAUAAAGCUAUGAAGGACAAAGAGAGAUACAAAAUAGAGAUGGCAGAUUACAAAGAAAGAUUGAGGACAGGUCAAAUCAUAAGCAGCGCAGUCCCAAUUCAGCAGCGGCCUCCCCCCGUAGAUAUCCGCAUGGCGGAAACAAGUGAGAAAAUUGAAAUGGAAAGUGGGGAGUCUCCGCAAAGCCUGGAAAAUGAGAUUAGUACUAGCAAGAGUGAUUCAGAAGAUAAUACUGAAGAUAAGGACUCUGAUGUGGAGGCAUCUUUUGAAGUCGAAGGUUGUGCUGAAAAUAAGCGAAUCAAGUAUUCUGUUGAAGAUGAAGGGGGUUUUGACGUGGAGAAGAAUGUUGACAUGGUUGGAGAUGGGAACUUGGAAACUUUGGGUGAUGUUAUUAUGGAAGAAAGUGAGAAAGAGUUCGUACCUUCGGAAGAGAAAGGAACAGUGCUUUGCGAAGGGAAAAAUUCAUUACCUGGUGGAAAUAGAGAUUCAGUAUCCAGAGAAGAAAACGUGGAGGCCGAGAAAGAAUCGGUAGCUUUGGAAGACAAAGGAGCAACGCCUUGGGAAGGGAAAGAAUGGUUCCCUUGUGAAAAGAGAGAUUCAGUAUCUAGUGAAGAAAAUGUGGAGACUGCGACAGAAAUGGAACCUUCAGGCAAGAAAGGAGCAAUGCCUCAUGAAGGGAAAGAGUUGUCACCUGGUGAGAAGAGAGAUUCAGUACCUAGCGUAGAAUAUGCAGAGACCGAGAUAGAAUCAGUACCUUCGGAAGAGAAGGGAACAAUGCCUCAUGAAGGGAUAGAGUCUUCACCUAGGGAGAAGAGAGAUUCACUUUCUAGCGAAGAAAAUGUGGAGACCGAGAUAGAAACAGGUCCUUCGGAGGAUAAAGGAGCAAGGCCUCGUGAAGGAAAAGAAUCUUCACCUAGUGGGAAGAGAGAUUCUAGCGAACAAAAUGCAGAGACUGAGAAAAAGUUGGUACCAUCGGAAGAGAAAGGAGCAAUGCCCUGCGAAGCUAAAGACAGUGAAAUGAGAGUCUUUAUCCAGUGAAGCAAAAGCAUCGGAUUCAGUGCAUUAUGAAGAUCACUAGACUUUUCCCUCUGUAGAUCAUCUGACUUGCUUGAGCAUAGCUGCAUUUUGAUAUGGCAGCAUGUGCAUCGUUGUUUAGUUAAUAUAUUCCUUUGCUCAUAUUUAUCGUGUUUGUACAAUCGGGAUGCUUUUUGAUCUUUUUUAAUUUCUGUUUUUUGUUGGCCUCGGGGGCCUGAGGCUCUGGCCGAAUGUGAACGAUUUGUAGGGGAGAUGCGUAAGGUUUUCAGCUCAAUUAACAUUUUGGGCCACCCUGUUGUCCGUAUUUUUGACCUUUUAUCAAUGAAUUAUAUCUGUAGCUGUUGUCAU